AUGAGAGAAAGAAUGCAUACCAAUGACCCCGAAUUUAAAAGCCAUUUUGCGCUGAAAAUAAAGUUAAAAGCGUUGCACCUUUUUUGCGAGGACUUAAGCGACUCGUUAAAGCUAAAAUUCAGGAUUUACUAUGAUGGCGAAGACGAGAGGAGUGUCCGCGUCUCCCCGGAGAGGGUUGGAGUGAUCGAGGUGUUGAACAGGGACUACAACACUAUGCUUAAGUCGAUCAUAAACAAGUCCAUGUACCUACCCAUCGUGUGCCUAAGGGGGAAGUGUCCUCAGUUCAUUAACAUUCUUUGCAGUAUUGGCAAAAGGAGAGAGCUAGGCCUAAAGCUAUACCUUAGUAAAAAUUAUGCCUUCUUAAAGUAUUACGGCAGGAAGAAACUGUACAGCAUAUACGACUGCGACAAUGGCAGUGUGCGAGGCCACCUGGAACUGGCACUAGACAUAGUCAACUGCAACCGGUCCGUCCCCUAUCUGGGGAGGGAGCCUUCCAAAAUGGGGAAGGACGACCACUACCUUUUGGCAACUGAAGUUUCGGUCAGUAAAUUGUGGAAGGAGAUGGUGGGACACAGGACGGACAGGGAUGUCGACGCUUACGUGGAGUCUUUUAGAAUAAAGCGGGAAGGUGGCUUCAGCGGAGUUCCGCUAACGGGCAGGAAUACCCCCCUGAGCCUGUUCCGUGGUUCAGCCAAGCAUGCUUACGAGCAAGUGCCAAUUCCAUUCAUAUCCCCCGCUGGCUUGAUUGAUUAUUUCUACAAGGAAGUGUUCCCUCGAUAUAAGAAGAGUAACCCAUCAUGGAUUAGAGUUCUUAACGAUGCAUAUGACAAGUACCUGUUCAGGCACUUCCAAAAAAAGGACAUGUACGAAGAGAUCCGAGCCUGCGCCCUCUUCUUCUACCUAGAGAGAAAGCCAAAGAAUAGGAUCCAGCUGGACGACGACUUUAUAUACGAAAAGAUAUCUGGGGAGAGCCCCCUGGACGUUUUCAAGUUGUUUGACAGAGAUGAGGUGUACGUAACACAUGACUCUUACGUGGUGGGAGAGGGGCUCAUAGGGAUUCUCAUUUUUGGGGACGACCGAACGGACACGGACCUCGCGUGCAAGACGUACAACCGAGAAAUAAAGGCGCAGCAGUGGAUAAACAAAGGCAUAGCCAAGGUUAAAAGCCAAAAUUUAAAGGGGAUGGCCAAGGAAUGCGGAAAAGGCAGGAUGGACGGGACGGUUUCCUUGUCCCUGUUGUCUUUCAACCUAAGCGCGCUUGUGUCCUACAAGGGGUUCAAAAUGUACGUCAUUCCGUCCCCCGUCUUGCCGCUGACGUUUAGGAGACUGGACGGGGUCAGUGGUGACCUCAAGCACGAAUUGAGGCUUCUGGAAAGGGCCAUCCCCACUUAUGGACUGCUCAGAGGGGGGAAGCGGAAGGAAGCAUUCUUGGCGAAGUACCACUCGGAGGACAAUUACGUGUUCUACAAUAUUAACACGAUGUUUGUUGGGAUGAAGAAGAAGCAGUUCCCCAUUUUUGAAGACCCACAGGGGGAAGCUUCCUACACAGAGGAACAGAACAACCAGGAAGGUUACAAAGAGAAGUCUUUUUAUUCAAGUGACAUGAAGGUGAGAUGGGAUCUUGACCUUUACUGUGAAGAAGAAGAAACAGAUGGAUGGGGUAGAGGUACAGAUGGGAUGAACUCAGAAAAAUACAUUGCUAGGGUAGUAAGGGAGAUCGAGAGUCUAUCCUUUAGUGUCCCAUUUGAUAGUAUCUCAUUAAAAAUGUAUUUGCAUGGAAGGGGGUUAAAAAUGAAGCAUCUUGGGAAGAUGCUCAGUUGUGUGUCACUUAGGUGGUUAUACGAUAUGAUUAUAAAUGAGAUUAUAAUCCGUUGUAUUAAAAAGUAUUCCCAUUUAUGCAUGCGUGAGAUUUGCUUAUUUUGUAAAGGGAGAAUGAGUCAAUACGAUCGGUUACAUGGAGGGGAAUUUUCCGCAGCGAUCUCACAUGCAGAGUUAGACUUCUCCGUGGAGUCAGAUUUGUUAAGCGAUGAGGUGGGCCAACUAAAAGGGGAGACAUCACAUCCACGUUGUUACGAUUCAGGAGGAGACAACUCGACCUGCUCUGAGAUGUCUUCAUUACGUAGCGACGAUACGGAGGGUAUCUCCGAAUGGGGUUACAACCAUUACCUGCUGAGAAAGAAGGAAACAAAAAGGGAGCUUUGCUCAAGGAAGAAGGCACUGAAGGGAUUUAUAGGCAUGAGGAAGGUGCUAAGUAGGGAGGUGCUAAGUAGGGGGGUGCUAAGUAGGGGGGUGCUACUGAAGAGUCACUUUCGAAGCAACCCUGACGGGGGGAGGGACUCCCUUUUGAGCAAGCUCCUAAAUUUUGAUUCUUUCAAAACGGAUAGGAACGGAGAAAUGAAUAUAUUAAAAGGGAAGAAGGUGAAGGGGGGUAUAAACCUUGCGAGAAAAAAAUACAAAGGGAGUGUAACUCUAAUCGAUGUAUUUGUCAUUAAUCUGUUCAAUCUGAUAUUCUUACAGGAGAGUGGAACAGACAGGGAUCUCCUAGCAGCUUUACAAAAUAUAUCAGAGAAGUUUUUCCACACGAGUGUAGGCAACUCGGUAGAGACAGCUCACAAAAAUUAUUUGUAUGCAAACUUACAGCCUUGUUUGGGGAUCUCCUUCUACUGCUCAUCUCUGAAUCAGCAGAGUGGGAAAAGGAAUCCACCUAAUGGGAGAUUUUCCAUCCACGACUUGAAGACCUAUAGCACAAAAAUUAAGAGGUCCAUAAACGUUACGUACAUGGAUUUGCCUUCCUAUAAGUAUACGCAUCGAUAUGAAAGGAUACCUCUCGACAUAGCUAGCGAAAAUAAGAAAGUAUUGUCUAACGUUAUUUUUUUUACCAUAAUGUAUUAUCAACAACUCAGUGGCAGUAACGAGAUGUACACGAGGGAGUUGUUCCUAAAGGAGAGGAAACUCUCCAGAAGGGGAAGCUCUGACGAGGAAGACCAAACCACUCGACAUAAUAGGACAUACACACUCAGGUUAAACUCUCUCAUUCUAUCAAAAGAUAAUGUAGCUUUUUAUGGUGACUUCAAUUAUCUAGCUCUUUAUGGCUUCCUAAAUAUUGUUGCUGUGGGUAUACAGCUUGGCUUCUUCGAAAGUGCUUUAAAAAGGCUUAUUGCCCUUUUUCGGUACAUCCCAGAAAAUAGUGUCAUCUCGGUGCACGUCCGGAUUAUGUGGUUAUGCAUUCAUGCGUUGAAGGGGAGGUACCCACAGGAGGGAGGUAUUUUGGGGGGCGACAAGGCUAUCGAGAACAGGGUAGAGAAGCCCUAUAAAGUAGGUAACAAAAAAUGGGUGCCUCACCCCUUCUGUAACAAUUCCGUAGAUGAAGAAUCCACACAAGGGAGCUUCAGCUCUGUGUCCGGCAAGGGGGUGCUCCUUCUUGACGAUGAGAUGGAUUCGAAGUGUGCGGAUUGGUCUGCUUGCAGUGACCUUUGGAGCGAAGCGUGCGGAGAAAAAUCGAAUCUUCAGUUCGGUGACAAUUCGAGUGACGCGUCGGACAGUGAAAUGAGGCAAAUCGAUCAAGGUGAGAAAACCGAUUGGGCGAAUGCGGAUCAGAAAAAAGCCAUUCGCUGUGGGGAUAAACUGGAUCUCUACAAGGGGACUCAAGAAUGUUGCUCCGUUAUCUUGAAUAACUACUUUGUCUUCUUCCACCCCAUGCACCUGGAUUUAUACCUCUCUCUGGCGUGGUACAACCGCAGCGUGAACAAAUGCCGAGAGUUCCUGCUUCUCCUCCGAACGGCCAUUCUACUACAACUGAACAUGAGGUUGAAGAACCACCCAGGAGAAAGGAUCGAAGAUGUGGUGAAACUCACUGACAAUUUUGAAAAUAUCGUUUACUUUAAUUUUAACGUUUCUUCGUAUAGGGGUAGUGGGUUGAGGAAGGAAAAGGAGUAUGUGUUCCUGGAGAGGAUCCGAAAUGUAUCUCGCUUUUUUCUCAACAGUAUAUGCUACCCCCAUGAGGAAUUAUUUCUACACGUGAACUUGGAGACGACGAUGAAAUGGUCCUCUGUGUAUAGCAUCCGCCUGGGGUGCACUGUUCACCAUUUUGCGAAUUCAUUAUUUUGUUAUUACUACACGAAUAGGAUUAUUAGGAAAUAUCGGAAUGAGGAUUUCAUCAUGAAUGGGUCGCUGUGCUGCAUCUCCGUUUUGGAGCAUGUGCGUGAUGUGUAUCAGUCGUUCGGCGCGGACAAUGUGUAUGUGGGUGAAGCGUCGCUGGACUUGGCCCUGAUGGCUUUGAAGACUUACUUGAGCGAGAUGCCCGAGUUUGGUUGGGACUGCGUGAUGGCAUACGCGCUGGCCAACGCGCGGCGCGCGGCGGAGAUCUUCCGACGGAACCUCGGAAUAAACCACCGCGACACGCUGCACAGCCACUACGUCCUCAGCCUCGUCUACAUGUACCUGAACAGUGAAAAAUGCCUCCAUAUGUUCGAAGAAAUAAUUUACUACCUGCUCAAUUACAAAUACUCGCAUGGGGAGAAAAACGUAGUGAAUCGGGUCUACUGUUAUGUCCCAGAUUUGGUUUUAACAGAUGAAGAAGGGGUUCACUGCACAGGGAGAGUCCCCAAUAGGUGUAGAAUAAAAUGGUAUCUUUUGCACUCCUGGUUUAGCAUUUGCAUGCCUAUGAAGUACCUGCGGAAAAUCCGAAGAAUUUUGUUUCUGCUUUUUUCUGCGGAGAGGUGUAGGAGGAGAAAGAGUCAAUUCAGAAGGAGAAGCAGCUCAGGAAAACGAGUUGCUCGUUUUGAAGACGAAUGGAUUAACCGAUGUAAUGAUCUCCUACGUGCGAAGGUCCUAUGGGCCUGUUCAAAAAAUAUCGAUGAGGAGCAUAUAUUCCCCUAUGAGCAACUAGUCUCUUGCAUACGUGGCUACAAACACAUUCUCUCCCUCAAAGGGUUGUUUACCCAAAUGGAAGAAUACAACGAUCUGCUCAGAUGUAAUAAGUAUGUACUGCAGGGGAGGACAAACAGGAUGGACCGAUUUGAAGACAUUAUAGGGGUAACCUCUGUGGAGUGCCUCCAUGAUGGGAAGGACAUUCGAUUCUUACCUUUGCUUCUAAGUAGAGUCGAUACAGAGAAUAUCAACAGGACAGAAGCUUUUUCCAAUAGCUUUGUAAAGAGUUAUAUGAAACACAAAAAUGAGUUUGCCAAUUAUAUGGAACAUCCUGAUUUUCGAAAUGACGAGACUGUGGAGGGUUAUUUGAAGAGGGAGACCCAAGAAGGCAUUAUGGAGAGGAAAAAAAGCGUCACAGAUUAUUACUUAAAAAAAUUAAUAAAAAUCGUAGAACAGCAGGUGGAGUUGCUUUACAAGAAGGAGAAAUACAAAUAUGAUACGAAAAUAAAUUUAUCCAGUCGGACAAAUAAAAUAUUUGCAAGUUUGCCUUUUUUACGGAUGGAGAAAGUAAAGAGAAGCGAAAGGAAUAACGAUACAUAUGGUUCUUCCUUUGUGUGCAAUGGAGGAGUAGUACCCUUCGAUAGGAGCGAUGUUGAUACUGUUUCUUUCUUACGUUUAGACAACUGUGAUGAUUACUCGGGGGUCUCUUCGACUGACUGUGGAGAGAAUUCCUCCAUUGGGAAGAGGAACCAUCCAAGUGGCCACAAAGGGGACAGACGCCGAACAGAGCAUCUGCGGGCUACCCGGGUUGGGAAGUCUAGUGGUACCUCCCUGGUGAACAAGGAUGUGCACGUCCUGAUGAGCUUACUGUACCACUUUCUCAACGUGGAGAAAUUUCGCCUGUUCUAUUCGCGGGCGCCGGACGGGGAGUGA